CUCUUCUUUUAAAGUGGGUAAAAGGAACAAACUUUCAUCACUGAAAGGCAUAGUCAAACGUCAUUUGCAAUUAAUCUGAUUGCUGUAAAAGCCCACAAAAGAGUCGUAAACUGACCGUAAACUGACCGUAAAACCAACCGUUUACAGCACCUUGUUCAGACCACUAAAAACCUAUUAACUGAUGUAUUUGUUGAUAUUCAUUUUAGCCCCUCCUUUUGUAAAUAUAUUUCUCGAUAGUCCAAAUUGACUGAGAUGAGACAAGGAAAUAUUUAUUCGGUAACAAGACGUCCUCUGGGCAGAAGUUUUUAUUGGCAUUCUCGCGGCCUUAGACGCGACUGAAUACAUGUUGCUAGCGCAAAUGCUUGUACAAUGUCAAUUUGCGAGCUUUUUGAAAGGAAUUGUUUUUGAAGUUUAAGUCGAUUCAUGUCUAAUGGUUUCGGAUUUAGGAGGCAGAAGCUUUGAAUGAAUAUCCAAACAAAUUUGCAAAUUAUGAAAUGUCACUUUCUAUCCAAGUCCUCGGAAAUUUUAUUCAUUUGUCUGAUGAAACCUUCAAGGUGUAUUUUCGUUUUAAAUCAAUUUCCUUUCUUCUUUGGUGUCACGAAAUGUUAUAAAUGACGGAAAAUUCGCGAAUGGCCUGCUAAGUGUUAGCUGAUUGCGCGUUGAUAGAUUUUGAAACAAAAGCGAAGUCGAUUUCGAAGUAUUUCACUAAGCAUGGCGUGAGAUUAUCCUCCUUUUAAGAAAGUACAUUUUUAAUACAGCCUUAUGUGACUAUAAAUAUCAUCGAGCGAUAGCCACUCUAAGACUCGACCUAAAUGGUCUUAAGAUUAUUUUCCAUUGUUUACCCUUUCAUUUAUCUAUGAAAAGGAAAGAAUUACAUAAUAAUAUUGGAUCUUCUCAAGCGCGGAUCGGGUUUUUAUUACUCAAAUACUGUUAAAGGGAUUGUCAUUUAUUCCUUUCGCUAUUGAAAGCCAUUGAAUUUCCACGUUCAAGGGUUAAAGAAAGGGAUUAACUACAGGCUGUAAAACGGUGCAAACGACUUCGAACUAUCGUUGAGAAAUGAAUUUCCUUAGCCUCUGUUGAAAUCGCUCAUAUUUUUUCUAUUUUAAGUUUGGCAGGUUGGAGCAUUGAUCAGCGUCAGCUUUGAAUUGCUGUUUGAGAUCUUCAAUCUUCAAUUCAUCAAUCAUGUCACUUCUUCUGUCAAGAAAUAAAGACUUAAUAUCUCUUAGGCGAAACAAGUUGCUCCAAAAUACAAUCACCAAUUGCGUUUCACUUCAUUAGCAUCUCAUGAAAUUUUCCAGCUGUGUUCACUUAGGCCAAUCAUCCAGUCAUCAAAAUCGUUUGAGUGGAAACAACCUCAAAUGGCAGAAAACCAUUAGCAGUCCUUCAUAAGAUUCUUUUCUCGACGCUCUUUAUCACCUCCUUUCACUCUUAUCGCCUGAAACUCUCGUUAAAAGCUCCCUGAUGCUCUUAAUUAUUUUAUGCCUUAUCGCUCGCAUCUUUUCAACAGAACGCGUUAUGUAAAUUUAAACUGCCAAGCCGCACGUUGCGGCAUUAUUUAACACGAGCCAGAAUUCGCUGAUGGACUCUUGAAGCUUUCUAAAAAAAGCAUCUUGUAGCGUUGUUUGCGUUUUGAGUUUUGGAGGAAGUCUGAUACACUGCUCUGGGGCGUGAUGACUGAAUGUUUGUUUUCAGUAGGCGUGAAGCCAAUCAAAUCCUUAACCGCACGACUAAACGCUGCGUUUAUGACAUGGAGCAACAAAUGGUCCACUUUAACUAAGAAUACCUUUAAAAGAAAAGCUUUUCAUGAUUGUAGUUCGACACCAAGGAGGUAAUUGACGAAUUGUUAUCCCUCAGCCAAUUGAAAAAGACAAAACAUGAACGCUUUUAGAAUGACAACGUGUCUUGAACUAAUUGAUAGCGGCCAAAAGCCAAUCACAAACAACGCUUAUCAGUUUUCCUGGGUUUUUGUAUAGGAGGGGGAGGAGGUGAUUAUUCGUGCUUUCUCGUGGUUCCAUUAGUCCUCACCUCUAACCAAUCACAGACGCGCAUUUACAUGUCAGCCGUUUAACAAGUUUGACGUUUUUAUUCCCGAUCAUUAUCACUGACUUAAAUUGUCGCCUCGCAUGCCCCAAUGCAUUCAGCCCGACACAAACGAUCUUUGUUUGCCAUUUCUUAAGCUACAGAAAUUACUACAACUUCAGUCUCAAAUAAGAUUCGCUGAGACCUCUUUACGCGCAGCUAGGCAUGGAGGAGAAAGCGAGAUCGAACCCCUUCUCGAUUUCCAAUAUCCUCAACAACGGCAGCUCAAGAGAGACUAGCAGGAAAGACACGGAUAACACAAGUGACGCGGGAGGAACUAUAGAUAGACAGCGCUCAGAAUUUACAAGAAAACAAGGUUGCGAAAUCUACCGGCCUGAUGCAAGCCCCUUAGAGCUCGACAGAAGAGUAGAAUAUGACUUUGAAGACUGGAGUAGAACGUCUGUUGAAGACUCCAUAGAAAAAGACGAUCAAUCGCCGGAGGGCGACAGGAAAGAUGUCAACAAGAAACGAAGGAAGAAGAAAACAAGAACGGUGUUCUCUCGAAGUCAGGUCUAUCAACUGGAGUCUACUUUCGACAUGAAGAGGUAUCUCUCCUCGUCCGAACGCGCCGGUUUGGCAGCGCAACUUCACCUGACAGAGACACAAGUUAAGAUUUGGUUCCAAAACCGACGGAACAAGUGGAAAAGACAACUGGCUGCCGAGAUGGAGGCCGCCAGCUUAGCUCAGGCUAGUCACCAGAGAAUGGUACGGGUUCCAAUUCUGUACAGAGAACAGAGCCGUCCUAGCGAAAUAACCCCUCAUGCUCCUUAUUCGUUUUAUCAUCCAUCGUACCCCGGAAUGCAGUACCCACAACACUACUCGCAAUUUUUGCCUCCUCAUCUAAGAGCGCCGCCGAUGUCGUCCCUGUUAUAACAACGAGUUGCUGGAGAGAAGAACAAUGACGUAGUCGUGACUACUCGCUUUCCACAGCCAAAUAAACACUCAACCGUGGACUUAAAAAAGCCUCGUGCUAACAUUUUAGAGCUCAAAACAUUUUACCUCAAAAUCUAGACAAGUCAAAUAUCUAACGGGAAUCACUUGUUUUGAUACCUGAAAGUAAUAUCAGUCGUAACUCUAGGAUAUCUAACGGGAAUGUGUUCAGUGACCAAAAUGUGACAGUGGCGUGAUGAUAGCCGACGUUUGGUAAGGAAAUUUUGAGCAUUAGUAUUUCCCAUUCCUUGCCUACUUUAGUAGUACGUCUUUACAUACUCACAAGCUGGGAUGGUUGAUUUAGGUUGUAAAGGACUCUGCAGUGUUUACAGUUGUUAUUUACACCUAUUUAUACAACACUGAAAUCGAUUAGGGCUAAGAGAUGAACCACUUUAUAUGCUGCACGUAAUAUUUAACCCUAAGUUACGAUCGAGCGACCUCUAUAUUUUAUUUUCGAUCAUCUGUGUGGGGAUGAAAUUUUGCAAAGUGAAACCCGAUUUUCAUAAAUUUGUUCGAAUUCGUCGUAUUCCCAAAACUUCCAGUGUAAUUACGAGGUGAAACAAGAGAUGAAGAGGAACCAUUAACGAAAGACAGCUUUCAACUGAAGAUGCUUGUAUGAUUGAUUAUGCCAAACUCACGAGGAUAAAAAGAAAAACGAUUAGUGAAUUUAGAGUUUUUGGUCCAAAUUGUAAAAUAUGUCUUAAACUGUAGUCAAAUAUUUACAAUAAAAGAAAGAGUUUGUAAAUUACACGCCACAACAGAGUGCCCUGCCUUUCAAACGCUGCCAAUUUAAAACAAGUAUCACGGUCGUUCAUAGCUUUGUUUUUUCUCAAAAGAUAUCAUUUCUCAAUAUAAAUUAAUCAUAUUCAAUGAAAGCCGGAGCGCGAGAAAAUGUCAUGGCUGUCGAGGAAAGGUUUCUGGCUGCUCACUUAAAAGGAAGCUACUUGAUGAACGAUCUCGACGCCUCGAAAGUGUUAAUGAAUUACUUCACCCCCCAGUAAAACUUAAUUAUUCCUUUUAUUGGGCUUUCGAAAGGUGAGAAAAUGGUGUUGAGGCACUAUUCACAAAGGAGUUAUGGAUUUUCCAUGACAAAGAGCGUAGUACUGAUUCGUAAUCGUUAUCAGGAAUUUGUGAAAAGGCCGGAGAGCUUUUCGCUCAUUAAUGUUUUUAUCUUCAGAUAAAAGAGAAAAAAGCCUUUAUCAGGCUAGCUAAAGAGUGAGCGAAGGUUGAGCGACAAUAUAUCUUAGGAUAACGGCACUCUUAUAAUUUCCCGAUUAAAACAAAUAAUACAGUUUAUUGAGUUUUGGACCCAGUGAAGGGGCUACCUCAGACGAGAAAUGGUUUAAGGCUGAAUUUCCGUUCGGUUUGGCAAACGUGAGCCCAAUUUUCACGCGUCUUUGUCACAUUAUAUUAACAUCACUGAAUUCACAUUUAAAAGCGAUUUACUUUUCGAAACCGCAUGGCAUUUUAAACAGGUGAACCUUAGCUGUAAGAAAGUCACUGGUACCGGAGUGGGUCACGGUAGUGUUUAGUCAGAACUGACGCAUUGGUUGGAAUAUACGAACAAAUUUAUACAGGGGGAGCUAAAUAAAUAAAGAAAAAAUAUAUGGGUGCCGACACAAAUUGUAAAUCUUGGAUGGAAAACUCGAAAAUGGAAUUGUGAAAAACAGGGAAAUUUGUCUAUCAGGCAAUCUCAUGCAAUGAACAAAGACAAUUAAAUAUUCAUGGUAAAAGUGAUGUUUAAGACAAAAUUUUAAUGGUAUCAUUAUUCACUUGGGCAAGAUCCAAGCUCACGGCAUCAACCUAACAGUCUGCAAGCCUGCAGUGCUGAAGCAACGAGACGAGGUUAUGCGGCGGCAGUGCAAAGUUAAAAGUUUGUUUGCUCGUGUUAUAACAAUUCAAGUGUUCACGCGAGGCGGAUAUUGGACCGUUUUGCCCUCAAUGGAAGCCAUGAAUAAAUAACAACCGCAAUUUGGCAUUGAACUACUUGCUUAUCGUUAGUGAAACAGGAAAUUUUAGGUUAAUGGAAAACAUUUGCCUGUGCCAAGAUAUUUUUUAAAACCAGUGGAGUACACAUUUGAGUGCUAAGAUUAGUUCAGGCGAUAAGUUGGUAACCCGCUGCCUGUGUUAAACGAAUUGCUUUUAGUGUCGAUUAAACGCAGACUAAAUGAGGAUGCUUGCACGUGUUAUAAAUCCACUACCAAACGGUCGAAAGCCUGCUUUUGUAAGGGAAGAGCUACCAGGGUAAGCGAGACGAUAGGCAGUCAUUAAGAUACAAAAGAACAACCAACAAUGGAAGUGGCGCGUGAAAUAAAGACAUCAAAUUUGUUGACUUAAACUUCUUUGCAAUUCGACAACAAAGACAUUGAGCGAUGUGCUGCCAAACACAGUAAAAUUAAUAAGAUGGGGCUAGUUUAGAAGUUUACAAAAUUCCCAAAGCAGUCAGUUUGAAUUAUGUUCGCUGCGUCAAAAUAAAAUGCAGAGGGCUGGAUUGUUUAUAAUUAACGAAUUGAAGACAUUUUAAAACCUCCAUGAUUAUUUUAAAACUUAUUGAUGUCAGCAGCUGCUCAGUAUUCAUAACUCAAUCUUUUCGCAAAAACUAAUUUCAUUGACAUGCAAACACGUGAAACGCUGCCAACUUUUAGACAUAAUGGCCAAUUUUGCGUUCAUGUGUCGAGGUUGGCGAAAUUAAAAGGUUGAAUUAUAGGAGGAAGUGUAACAAGACAAAGAAAAGUGGGAUAUAUCACUGACCUUGAAAGCGAUGCGAACUUUUACCGCACUCUUAAUAGUAGUAAUAUCUACGUGCUUAUUAUAACCACUUCUAUUGUUUCACCUCUCGUUUUCUUAAUUUAAUACGUUAUCUGAACAUUUUCAGUUUUGUUUACAAGCGCAAACAUCACGAAACCUAUUAGCUGAAAUUUGGAGUAAACGCAAGACUAGCCGUCGAGGAAAUGGGGCAACAGUUUUCAGUAACUUGAUGCUAUAGUGUUGCGUAAAUUGCUAAAAAGUAGAAAAAUGAUUAAUUUUAUUGAAUUUAAAUUAUCCCUUUUCAAUUUUUUGUGGUCAUUUGCCAGCAGGGAAGCAUACUGAUAAGCCUGAUAACAAAGCGAUAAAGCAUACGUAAGAGCAAAGCAAUCAAAUUUAUAUAUUUAUGGUUGCCUGGUGCAACCCUAAAAAAGAAAACACCAGUUUGAACGAGUAAGAAGAGACAAAUACACAGCUUUUCUGAAAAUCGUGAUUUUCCGCUUUGGGGUUUCCAAUUGUCUUUGUUGAAUAGAAUUUGAAGAGUACGUGAGACAUAAAUUUGAACAAGAGGAGUCUGUCUACAGCUACGUUGUUGCUAUGCUAUGAAAAUAAGGCGUGUAAGUAAUAAAUAGAUAAUGGUUGACAGCUACCCCCAAAUUCGUCUGUUCAGUAAAAAGUGGAUGAUUGUCUGAUUAAAAUAUUGUCAUUUCUCAGA